AUGGUGCCAGAAUUACUUCUGACGUGUUUCCCAGUGUCGUGGUUUGAGAGGACUGCUGUUGGUCCAUCACAGGCAUCCAUGCUGUCAGGGGGCCCAUUGUCACCAGCUCUGCCUAUGUCCCCUCUGGACUUCAGACACAGUACAGGGAGUGUUUCCUGGCUUGAAAGGCAAGCUUUCUCCUGUCUCUUCCGGUCCCCUCGUCCCACGCUACUGCCUCCAUCACCACCCUUCUUCUCUCUUGUGCUGCCUAUUGGUCAUCAUUCUGAGCUGGCUAACCCUUUCUUCUUACUCCUCUCAUUGCUCUGCUUCUGUGGCUGUACUCAUGUUCUCCUCUUUCUGAUUGAUGUAGUCUGCCUUUUAUCUCAGGAUGUUAAAUCUCCCCAGAUAGCAUGGUGGUCUUCCUGUCCCUAA